CAAUUGCAAGAUCACGACAAUUAUUUAUAUUAUUAGGAAUAUCGUUUAUAAUUGCCAUUGUAUGUUUAUGUUUUCUAAUUGGAUUUAAUUCAAAUUCAAAUUAUCAUAUUACCUAUCUUUACAAUAAUUGUUCAUGCAGUUAAGAUAUAUGAAUGAAUUUAUUAAGGAUCCCGUCCCCCAUCAGAAACAUAAUUUUUUUUAUAAAUAGUCGAUAUUGAGCUAAGCACGUCAUCAGAUAGCCCACAGUAUUUACUAUCAGGAUCCAAUGUUAUUUGGUCCUCAUCAAAGGGUUAUGCAGGCUUUUAGAAAAGUUUUCUGAAAACUUUUACUGCCCGAUUAAAAAGCAACUCAAAAACUACUUAUAGUAAGACCAGGAAAUAGAACAAACAUUUCUGAUCAAAAUGAGAUAUCUCCCAGCUCUGAAUAAUAUUCUAAUCAAGAGUUAUGAGAGUUUUGCUGAAAGCCCUAAAACUUACAUCAGAUACUUGUGCCAUCAUAUCUCGAAAACGACUUUCACCUUAACACCAUUUCGUAGCUCCCAGAUUUCUCGGUAAUGAAACAUCGCAGAGAGCUCGGGACGGUCUUAGAUUGAAGCUGACACACGUGGCUAGGGACUAAUAGAGCCGGAGUUUUUUAUAUUUGGUCUAAAUUUGUUAUUAGAAAAACAUCUCUACAAAAAUUAAUGAAACUUUUGACGCUGACCAUUAAUUUAAAAAGAAAAAUAUCCGGCUUCAUUAUUCUCUAGCUACAUGUGUUUUCGUCAAUUUAAGACCGGUCCGAGCUCUUCACAACUUUUCGUUACUGGGAAAUGUUGGAGCUACGAACAGCCCAAUUUUAGUCACUCUUAUGGCGACAUCUCACAAACCAUACCCAAAGAGAGAGGGCCAAAAGACAAUUUCGUGACCAUACUUCACAAGAUCGGCAUCCCCUAAAAGUUUGGUCAAGAUCGGACGGAUGGGGGGCCUUAAAUAAAGAAACGAGAGUACAACUGGACAUUAUUAUUGAAUGAUUCUUAAACAAAUUUGUUGGUUUACACCUAAUGUUCUCUACUUGUAUUUAACAAUUCCAAUAUCAAUAGUUACUUUUAUUAAUAUAUGUUUAUUCAUUUGUGUUCUAAGACGACUUUGUUUACAUGCAUUUGCAAAUGGUACAAAAUAUCCAAUAGGUAAACGACUAAUACUUGUUAUAUUAACAUUAUUAUUAGCAUGUACAACACAAAGUUUGUCAUGGAUAUUUGGUAACUAUUUUUACUAUUUUAAUAAUUAAUCAAAAUUUAAAUUUGUUUUUAUCCUAUUUAGGUCCAUUUUUAAGAAUAUCUUAUACAGCAUCAUUGAUAAUUACAUGGAUGUUUAUUAUUGGUAGUGGUCUCGAAGGUGUAUGGUCUAUUCUAUUAUAUCUUCUUGUUCGACGUUCGAAUAAAGAACAAACGAAAAGAUUAAAAAAAUCGAUGACAACGCCUAUUACUAUCACUAGAACAUCUCCAACAAUUAAACAAAUAUUAGAUAAACAACAAUCAUUUAUUAAUUUACGUUUAAAACAAGAUUAUGCACUAACUAACGAAAUAUUGUUGUAA